AUGGUUCUCACGGAUAUCAAAGUUUUUCUACAAUCCAUGGGUAAGAAUCUCAAGGAUUUUGAUCUUCCAAGGUUGACCGUUGAUGUUAACCUACAAUCUAGAGGUUUUCGUGAAGUACUCGAGGAGUCAUCUUUAGGCGUUGAAAUUAAACACUUGUGUGCUCGUGAAUCUCUGAAUGCUGACCAGAAAGCUGCUUAUGAUGAGAUCAUAAGCCGUGUCGAUAACAACUUACCCGGUGUUUUUUUCAUAGAUGGUCCCGGUGGAACCGGGAAAACAUUUCUAUACAAUGCCUUGCUUGUAGAGGUUCGUUCUCAUGGUCUUAUUGCACUCGCGAGUGCUACAUCCGGUGCUGUUGCUAAUAACAUGCCCGGGGGGAGGACAACUCAUUCACGGUUUAAAAUUCCUCUUAAUCUCAAUAAUAACUCAAUGUGCAACAUCAAACAGCAGAGCGGUACUGCUAAGCUUCUUCGAGAUGCCAAGAUAAUCAUAUGGGAUGAAGCAUCAAUGGUUAAAAGGCAGGCCAUAGAGGCACUUGAUCGAACAAUGCAAGACCUUAUGGGGGUGAGACAACCUUUCGGUGGAAAAAUAAUGAUAUUGGGAGGUGAUUUUAGACAGGUACUUCCUGUUGUAAGACAUGGUACUCGAGCACAAAUUGUAGACUCUAGCCUAAGAAUGUCCCCUCUAUGGUUUUCGAUUAUAAAAAUGUCGUUAACUGUAAAUAUGAGAGCAAUGACUGAUCCAUGGUUUUCGGAAUUUUUAUUAAGAGUUGGUGAUGGAGAUGAAGAAGCGAUUUCUGAAAGCUUUAUUCGUAUACCUGAUGACAUGACCAUCCCCUACACACAUGAAGAGGUAUCAAGAGAUGCUUUGAUCGAUGCUAUUUUUCCAUCUUUACAAACAAACAUGCAUUCAUCAGAUUAUAUCAGUUCUAGAGCAAUAUUACCUACCAAGAAUGACAGUGUCGACCAGAUUAAUGACCAGAUGAUUGGUAAGUUUGUUGGAGAGGAAAAAGUUUACUACAGUUUUGAUGAAGCUGAAGAUGACAAAAAUAACUUUUAUCCAAUUGAGUUUUUAAACUCACUAUCAGUUUGUGGUUUACCCCCGCAUCGCCUCCGGCUCAAGAUUGGAUGUCCAAUAAUACUGUUACGAAAUAUUGAUCCUUCAAAUGGAUUAUGUAACGAUACUAGAUUGGUAUGCAGAGCUUUUCAACACAAUGUUAUGGACAUUUAA